GAAAAUUAACGCUUCCCUUUUUGUUCCUUUUUAUCGAAUGAAAUAUUAUAGCGUAUGUACGUUUGAUUAAGUAGAAAUCAACUUCGACGUUUGGACACUUGAAAUGCACGAGAAAUAUAACUUCACCGACCGUGAACAGUGAUGGAGAAUUUUAAUGCUCCGUCGGUAUAUACGUCACUAACUGUCCUAACAGAAAAUAACCCACAUGUUGCCUCUCUGUUUUUGUUCUGUCAUUCGAUCAGCUAAUCAACCAUGGAGACUUCAAUCCUAAACGCGUGUUCGUUUACGCAAGCUAAUCGAUUCGAUUUUGCAAAAACAUGCGACUGUGCAAGCUACGUCGUAUUGACAUUGAGUUGUCGAACGUCAUAUGCACACGAAAGACAAAGAAGGGCAGAGGCAUUGUUGCAAGAAGGUCGUUUCGAAGAAGCAGCCAAGUGUCAUGAGACAGUGGCCAGUCUCCUGGCAGAGGCACACGCACAACUCGAAUCUAGUUUCGUUCAGUUGAAGACUUCCAAUUUAUCAAGUCAGACUCCACCAAUUGUGAUAUCCUCGUUUCAUUCGUUUGUCACUUUGGAAUCUCUUGCCCUCCAACGAGAUUACCACAAAAGACAAGCUGCUGUAGUUAGAAUGAAACAAGCACAGUACGAAGAAUACAAAGCUACAUUGGAAAAUCAGAGAAGAGAAAUACUUAGCAAACAAGCAUCUAAACAAGUUGGAAAGGAUACGUUUGAGUUUACCAUUGAUAAGUUUGAUGGAUCUUUACGACAAGCUAUAUAUAGAACAAUCGAAGAGCAGGACAGCCUUUUAACUUUGAUCUCAUUACCUAUCUAUGAAAACAAACCUUUUAAAUAUCCAAAAGACACUGGUACAGUUAUCGAGGAACUGAAAACUGUUAAUUGCCAAUUGCGGUGCCUAAUUGGAAGCUUGUUAAGCCAAUUGGAAGCAAAGGAAGAGGAAGUAAGACAGCUGACUGAACAACUUCACGCUGUAUCUGCUACCCUUAACGAUGAAACUAGACUAGAUAAUGCACAUACCUUAAGACUUGCACCUUUGCCACCUUUAACGCCUCUGGAAAUGCCUUUAUUCGAUUUUACAUCAACGUAAAAUAUUUUAAUGACAUACGCGACUUCUUUAUUAAGAUCUUGCAUCGAAUAAGAUACAAAUAUUGUAUACAAAAUUAAAUCUAAUCUGUAAUAGUACAAAACUAACGUGGAAAUUGCUGUAAAACUCAGCUUCAUGCUGUACGAUUUUAAAGUUGAAAUGUACCGAGAUUUACGUUUUGUAACACGAGGAAGGACGACGAAUCGUGGUGUUAUUUGGAGGGAUCAAGACACAUAUCAGCUAUAAGAAUUACGUAUGUAGCAAGACGUGAAUUUCGUUUCUAAGUGGAAUUCAUAAGAUCACGCGUCUACGUGUGCGAAUAAUAAAGCAAUUGAUUUACCGACUUAUGUACUGCCACUUGGAUGCUCGUAGGCAGAGAUAAAUAGUAUUAUAAUAAAUGUACUUCAUAGGAUUGUACAGAGUCGACGUAAAUGUGUAUCCAAACAUUGUUAACAGGCAAUUCCGUUGCAAAUGUGUGAUCGGUUCAUUUUAGAUGUUACUGCCGAGUACGUAGGGAACGUGUGAAGAACUUUGUUGUUUAUUGUGUAAUGUUGCGUAAUAAAAAUCUACUAAAUCA